AUUCAUUUGGAAAUCUAUUAUACAGUCAUUUUCCUCGUGCUAGCAACACAAAUUUUAAAUAUUUCCCAGUGAUUCUUACAAUUUGUAAAGGAAUUCGUCAAAUAUGACCAAUUUAGCUGCCAAAGCAACUGCUCUAAUAAACAAAAUUAAAGCGCAGGCGCGACCUCAGCUUGAUGAAUUCUGGAAAUAUGCCAAAGUAGAGCUCUCGCCACCUUUACCCGCUGACUUUGGCAACAUACGCAAAACUGCCGAAGAAGUUAGCAAGCAAGCAAAAGCAAAGGCCAAGGGAUCUGGCGGCAUAACCGUCCGUGACGCCUGGCUAAAUAUGCUUGUUACCAUUGAGGUGAUCACCUGGUUCUUCAUGGGCGAAGUAAUUGGUCGCCGUCAUCUGGUUGGGUACAAAGUCUAAGCUAUGCGACAAUAACUUGUCCGCCAAUUGCUGCGUUCUGCAAACGCAAUUCAAUAAAGCUGCAACAAAAUAUA